GUCGAAGGGAGAGGAGCGUAGGAAUUUCAUAUUAUUCUCUGUUGUGAAGCUUAAGUUUUAACUUUCCAAAGGGUGGAAGAGAGAGAUGUCGUCGGAGCAGGAGAGGUGUGAACUCGACGCCAGGGCCAGGCAAGGGGAGACUGUCGUCCCUGGUGGAACUGGGGGCAAGAGUCUCGAAGCUCAGGAACACCUUGCUGAAGGGCGGAGCCGUGGGGGGCAGACAAGGAAGGAGCAGCUGGGCCACGAAGGGUACCAACAGAUGGGCCGCAAAGGAGGGCUAAGCAACACGGGUCUCUCGGGCGGAGAGCGCGCUGCCGAGGAAGGCGUUGAGAUUGAUGAGUCCAAAUUCAGGACCAAAUAAAAACCACCUUCACAAAUAUGGCCAACUUUCAGCUCUAGUUUCAAGUUCCAAACUUCAAUUUUCAGCUUACCUUUUUGGGGUUUCUAGUUUCUCUAAAUAACGUUGUGUCCAAAUGUCCGGGUCUGUACAUGCACGUUUCCUCCUUUCAGGAUAGUUAGAAAUUAAUGUCAGUUCUGUAAAAAUAUCUUCCUAAAAUCUAUCUCGACAGGGAUUCCAAGUUUUCAAAAUUUUGUUCCGUCUUUCAAUUUAAAUGAUACAAGGUUGAUCUUUUUGAAAA